AUGAUCCGAGUGAGAUUCAUACCAUUGAUGGGAGAUUUUGGAUUUGGCCUGAAGGGAUCUCACUCAACCCUUUAUUCCUAUCUCUUCUCUCCUUCAUUUUCUCAAUAUUUGGUGCAUAUCUGUUCCCUAUUGAAGUUGCUUUUCUUGCUGCAAAUUAAGAUGGUGAGAGGGAAGACAGAGAUGAAGCGUAUAGAGAACGCAACAAGUAGACAAGUAAGAUUUUCAAAGAGAAGAAAUGGUUUGAUGAAGAAAGCUUUUGAGUUAUCAAUUUUGUGUGAUGUUGAAGUUGCUCUUAUUGUUUUCUCACCAAGAGGAAGACUUUAUGAAUUUGCAAGUUCAAGCAUUCUAGAAACAAUUGCAAGAUACCGCAGUCAUACAAGGAUUCAUAAUAAUACAACAACAUCUGAACCUGCUGAAAAUAUUCAGCGUUUGAAGGAAGACACAGAAAACAUGAUGAGAGAGGUUCAUCUUCUUGAGACUUCAAAACGAAAAUUCUUAGGAGAAUGUUUAGCGACUAGUUCCAUUGAUGAACUACAAAGGAUAGAGCAACAGAUGGAGAAGAGUAUAACCAAAAUUCGAGAAAAAAAGGCCGAGGUUUUCAGAGAUCAAAUUGAACUGCUAAAAGAAAAGGAAAAAACCCUGGUUGCUGAAAAUAUCAGGCUCUCUAAGAAGUAUGAUAGUUAUUCAUCACAACAUGCAAAAAAGGAUGAUAGAGAAAAUAUAGACAAGGUUGAAGGUAAUGCAGAUCAAAGUAGUGCAAAUUCAGAUGUGGAGACUGAAUUAUUCAUUGGUCUUCCAGAAACAAGAACAAGGUGCAUUUCUCCAAAGUUGAGGACUAAUUAA